CACCGGGAGGGGUCCCGGGGAUACCGGGGAGGUCCCAGUGAGGUCCCGGGAGGGGUCCCCGGGGUUUUGGGGAGGUCCCGGGGGUCUCGGGGUGGUCCCAGGUGUCCUAGGGUGGUCCCGAGAGGGGUCCCGGGGGCUUUGGGGUGGUCCCCGGGGUCUUUAGGAGGUCCCGGUGAGGUCCUGGGGGUACCGGGGAGGUCCCGGUGAGGUCCCGGGGGGUCCCUGCCGGUCCCAUCCCAGCCGUGCCCGCAGUGCCCGUGGCCCCGCAGGCCGUGCCAUGGUGCAGCUCAUCGUGUCCAGCGGGGGCAGCCUGCCCCGCUGGGUGCUGCUGGAGCUGCAGGGCGAGGUGGAGGCGCGGAGCGGCGGCGCGCUGCCUGGGAGCCUGCUGGGAGACCUGCACUACACCCGCCAGGGCGUCCCGGUGCUGGUGGUGGGCCACCAUGUGCUGUACGGGAAGGUGGUGCCGCUGGAGAAGCCGUUUGCUGUGCUGGUGAAGGAGGCGGCUGGCCCCGCGGAGCCGCACGCCCGCUACGCCGUCACCGCCCUCAUCAAGACCAAGCUGCUCUUCAAAACCCGCCCCAAACCCAUCAUCACCAACGUGCCCCGCAAGGUGUGAGGGCACCGACCCGCUGCCAGCACCACCAGCGUGCCCAAAACACGAGGACAAGGACCUGCUGGCACCACCAACGUGCCCAAAAUGUAAGGACAGGGACCUGCUGCCUGUUGCCAGCACCACCAACGUGCCCAAGACACAAGGACACCGACCUGCUGCCACCACAGGCCUGUCCCAGGUCCCCUGUCCUCCCUCGGUGACACCAGGGGAGAGCCAGGACACAAACCCAGAGCCUCUCUGAGGUGAGGAGCACCCGGGGGAGCCCAGCUGCAGGGCCCGUGCCCAUGGGGGCAGAUGUGGCUCUGCAGCCGUGCUCGUGCUGCUGGGGGGCUUUGGCUCAAUCAGCCCGGCUCAGCAGCAUCUGCCCCCCCCAAAACGCACCCCUGCAGCUCGCAGGGGGCAGGUCUGCCUCACCCCUGCCCCAGCACCCACUCCCCUCGAGUUUCCCCCCGCCCAGGGGGCACCUUGUGGAUUUGGGGCAGGGGGAGAGCGGGGCCGAGACGCCGGCGUUUCUCUGUGCAAGUCUUUAUUGUGACAAAUCCAGCGGGAUAUAAAAAACAGACCUCUCAAAAUAUGAAAAAAACACGGGUUAAAAAAUAAAUAGAUUUACAAACCA